AUGGAAUACAACAAACAUCGGGCCAACAGUGUUAAUAGCUUUAGAGGAGAAAAAAAUCCCAUAGAGGAUGAUAAUAAUAAUGCACAAGAUUACGAAAUCCGUCCACAACCGAAACCCUACGAAAUUUUCAAGCCUUGUGGAAGUAUAAUUCGCACAGAAUUAAAGAAAAUCAUCAUCAAACCUACCAAUUUCGCCAUGGAUACUUAUGUCGAUGUCCAUUUGGUGUUGAUGUUGCUUGUUGUGGAUCACGUGAUUUGUUUCAGCUUUAAUGGAUCGAAGGAUAAAAUGUGUAUUCAUUUUGAUGAUAUUUACGCAGUGCGUUAUGCGGAGUUUAGAGAAUUCGAGUUCUUUUUGAAAGAUGGGUUCAAGCGAACUUUUUAUGAGAAACAUAAAAAAGUCAACAUAGAUUUGACUAGUGGCAUUUUUAAUAAUGCUACCUCGAUUAUUGUCAUUCCUGAGGCAAAUUUUCCUAUGGGUCCUUUUGUCAAGAUUGAAAAUGAAUUUAGAAAUUAUAAAAGGUCAAUGGCAUUCACAAGAAUUAAAUUAAUUAAUGACAAAGACCACGAUAACCAAACGGAAGAUAACUUGAAUGGUUGUGAGUUCUGUGUCGCCGUCGAUUUUCAAGUAGAGCGCUAUUCAGUAACGAUUCCUUGGAGUAUCAAUUAUAAUCAACUCAUAAAAACUUUGGAAGACGUGUCACAAAUACAGAUUGAAGGCUACAACAGUAAGAUGUACUAUAAAGACACGAAGAGACACAACGUGUCUUUGCUUUACGAUGAUGACUGGAAAAUUGCAAAGAAAGAAUUACGAGAAAAUUGUAAAGUUGAGCAACAAGAAAAAUGA